UAUUCUUAUGCAAUCAGGGCUUUAUUGAAAACAACUCACAUGUCUCUUAACGUUGCAAAGCAUGAAGCAAUUUACAUGUAGCUAGAGCAUUUAUGUAUCAUUACAAACACUCGAGUCAAAAAAUAAAAAUACUUUAUACCAUAUUUUCUAACUUUUUGGUUUCGGUUUCAAUUUUUUUUCUUUCACCUGUUCCUCGAUGAUCCAUUACUACAUAUACCAUGCAAUACCAAUCCGAUAGAUUGCGAAAAAUUUGUGAAGUUUCUUUAAUAUUCAUGGCAUCCAUGAGCCUCAUUUUUAUACUUUUGCUGCAUGUUCACUUUGCGAUGGCUCAUCCUAGAGCAUCAUUUGAAAGGCUCUACUUGCCGACGCCCCUUGUUGGACCGGAGUCACUUGCCUUUGAUUGGAAUGGCGGCGGUCCAUACACCGGCGUUUCCGAUGGUAGAAUUCUCAAAUAUCAAGGACCUAAUCUUAACUUCACAGAGUUUGCUUACACUACACAAAAUAGGAACAAAUCACAGUGUGAUGGAGCUACAGACCCGAGCCUUCAAUCAAUAUGUGGAAGGCCGCUAGGAAUAGCAUUUUAUUACAGGACGGGAGAGCUUUACAUUGCGGAUGCAAAUAAUGGACUCUUUGUUGUCGGACCUAACGGAGGCCAAGCUACUCGUCUUCUAAAUUCUGUUCAAGGCGUUCCUUUGAAGUUUCUUGCAGGCUUAGACGUCGAUCAAACAACUGGAAACGUUUUCUUUACAGAAGCUAGCUCCGCUUUCCAAUUAAAAGACAUUGUAGGACUGGUUCAAAGCAGAGACAACACAGGAAGCUUAUUCAUGUACGAUCCACGUACCAAACGAGCCACAGUAUUACUGAGAAACCUAGCAGCAGCAGCAGGCACAGCCGUGAGUAGAGACGGAUCAUUCGUCCUCGUAAGCGAGUUCUUAGCCAAUAGAAUCCAAAAAUAUUGGCUUAGAGGACCAAGAGCUAAUACAGCACAAAUUCUACGGUCGUUUCGAGGAAAGCCGGACAACAUUAAGAGAAAUGCUAACGGGCAGUUUUGGGUGGCGGUGAGCGUUCUACGAGACCCGCCGCCGCCGCCAAAACCGCGGAUGUUACCACUUGGAUACAGAAUUAAUGAGAAUGGUAUGGUGCUGCAAGUAGUGAGCUUUAGAGGUCCAUAUGAAACUGAAGCAAUUAGUGAAGUUCAAGAGAUGAAUGGGACGUUAUAUGCAGGCUCCUUGCAUGUGAAUUUUGCUGCCACUAUGUUUAGACGUUAAGAUACUCAGCUGUUACAUAAAGUAAUAGCUUUAUCUAUGAGAAAU